AUGGACAGAACGCCUUUUGGCCGUCUGGCCCGGAUGUACAAGGCCUUCUCGAAGAACUACAAGGACUUGGAUAAACUGGAUGAGUCCACAGACGUUAAGGACGUCAGCGAUACAGCGCCUAUCUACCACUCCGAUCAGGAGCUUGUGGAUAAGGAUUGGGAUUGGUCAGGCAAUAUCAUGGAUACCCUGGAUGAACUGCCGGCAGGGAUCGGCCAGUAUGAUGACUUUCACACCAUUGAUUGGCUACGGGACAUUGCCCGGGACCGCAUGCGGCACAGGCACAUUGUCAAGAAGCGCCAGGAAGGACUAUGGGAGCAGAUCAAGAGUGCCCAUGAUGCCUGGUCAGGAUGGGUGUGUGUCUUCCUCGUCGGAUUAGCAGCAGGUACAUGUGCAGGCUUCAUUGACAUUGGAGCCACCUGGAUGUCAGAUCUGAAGGAAGGGGUGUGCCUAGAAGCCUUCUGGUUCAACAAAGAGCAGUGCUGCUGGAGUGCUCCUACGCUCAACACUUCAUCCUGGGAUGAAGAUGAAGAGGGCUGUCCACAGUGGUGGUCAUGGAGUCGCAUUAUGGGUGGAAGCCUCUCGGGAGCAGAGUCCUAUAUCAUUGGCUAUCUCUUCUAUGUGGUGUGGGCUGUGGUGUUUGGUCUGUUGGCUGCCACGCUGGUCAGAAUGUUUGCCCCAUAUGCUUGUGGAUCUGGUGUACCAGAGAUUAAAACCAUUUUAAGUGGAUUCAUUAUCCGAGGCUACCUGGGCAAGUGGACAUUGCUGAUCAAGUCAGUGGGCAUGAUGUUGUCUGUGUCUGCUGGCCUCAGCCUUGGCAAAGAGGGGCCUUUUGUGCAUGUUGCUUGCUGCUGUGGCAACAUCUUCUCAUAUCUGUUUCCUAAAUAUGGCCGCAAUGAAGCCAAGAAAAGAGAGAUCUUGUCCGCUGCCGCUGCUGCUGGUGUCAGUGUAGCUUUUGGGGCUCCCAUUGGUGGAGUGCUCUUCAGUUUGGAAGAGGUCAGCUAUUACUUUCCCCUGAAGACCUUAUGGAGGUCAUUCUUCUGUGCUCUGAUUGCGGCAUUCAUCCUUCGCUCUAUCAAUCCCUUUGGAAAUGACCAUCUGGUGAUGUUCUCAAUAGACUACAAUGAGCCAUGGUCCCUGCUGGAGCUGGUUCCUUUCAUCCUGAUUGGGGCUCUGGGUGGUUUGUUUGGGAAGUUCUUCAUCAAAUUUAACAUUAUGUGGUGCCAGUACAGGAAGACAUCUCGUCUAGGAAAUUAUCCGAUUUUUGAGGUUCUGGGUAUAACUUUUAUCACGGCACUUCUGAGCUUCCCCAACCCUUACACUCGGAUGAACAGCAGUGAAUUAAUUAGGUUGUUGGUCAGCAGGUGUGGCCCCGAGGAUAAUAUUGAGCUCUGCGACUAUAACCGCAGCCAUAAUCUGACAGAUGUAUUCAAGUAUUCAGCACUGUCAGGACCUAUGGUAUCCAGUGCCAUGUGGAAGUUAGCUCUAGCACUCAUCUUCAAGAUGGUCAUUACAGUCUUUACAUUUGGCAUUAAAGUCCCAGCAGGUCUGUUUAUUCCCAGCAUGGCUGUCGGAGCUAUCAUAGGAAGAAUCAUUGGCGUGGGCUUUGAGCAGCUGGUUGUAAACAACCCAUCCAUUGUGCUGUUCUCUGGCAUCUGUGAGUCUCCAGGCAAGUGUAUCGUGACACCUGGCCUGUAUGCCAUGGUUGGAGCCGCAGCAGCUCUGGGUGGGGUCACACGCAUGACGGUCUCCCUGGUUGUGAUCAUGUUUGAGCUGACCGGCGGCCUAGAGUACAUUAUGCCCAUGAUGGCGGCAGCCAUGACCAGUAAGUGGGUUGGAGAUGCCCUGGGACGAGAGGGAAUAUAUGAUGCUCAUAUAGCAUUGAAUGGUUACCCUUACCUGGACUCCAAGGAGGAGUUCACCCAUACCACCAUUGCUGCAGAUGUUAUGAGGCCACG